UGAGAGAGAGAAGAGAGAGAGAGGGGAGGAGGCGGACAUUCUGUAGCAGCAGGUUUGUGAGCGCAGAAGCCGGAGGAGGAAUCGGAGUGAGAGAAACAGUGUGGCUGCAGUGAGGAAGGAGAGACGCAUACAGAGAGAGAAGGACAGAGAGACAGAGAGAACGGCCUCACCUUUUUGCUGACCCAUGAAAGAAGCCAUGCCGGUCCUCUCAGCAGGCACAGGCCUGCACGAGACUCUGGCCCUUCUGACAUCCCAGCUGCGUCCUGAUGCCAACCACAAGGAGGACAUGGUCUUCCUCAAAAACGUCUUCAGUGAGAAGAGCCUGGGCUACCUCAUGAAGAUCCACGAGAAGCUGAGACAGUACGAGCGCCAGAGUCCUACACCUGUCCUCCACAGCGCCGCCUCUUUGGCUGAGGAUGUGGCAGAGGAGCUGCAGAGUGGACCAAUGAGUGUUGAGGAGAAGGAACUCCUACAGCUGUUGACGUCCCCCCAUCUCAAGGCAGUUUUGUCAGUUCAUGACAUGGUUGCCCAGAAGAACUUUGACCCCGUGUUGCCACCGUUGCCUGACGACUUCGAGGACGAGCUGGAGGAGGAGUCAGUGAAGAUUGUCAGACUGGUCAAGAACAAGGAACCGCUGGGGGCCACCAUCAGACGGGAUGAGACCACAGGGUCUGUGAUCGUGGCCCGCAUCAUGAGGGGCGGGGCUGCAGACCGGAGUGGACUGGUCCACGUAGGAGACGAGCUACGAGAGGUCAACGGCAUCUCCAUCAUUCACAAGAGACCUGAUGAGAUCAGUCAGCUUCUGUCCCAGUCUCAGGGCUCCAUCACCCUGAAGAUAAUCCCAGCCGUUAAGGAGGAGGACCGUCUGAAGGAGAGCAAGGUCUACAUGAGGGCCCUGUUUGACUACAUCCCUGCUGAUGACAAGGCCACGCCCUGUCAGGAGGCGGGACUUCCCUUCAAGCGAGGUGACAUCCUGCAGGUUGUAACCCAGGACGACCCCACCUGGUGGCAGGCCAAACGGGUGGGCGACAGCAACCUCCGGGCUGGACUCAUCCCCUCCAAACUCUUCCAGGAGAGACGGCUGGCUUACCGGAUAAAAACGGGCACUCUUCCGAACCCUAAGUCCCCUAAAAAUCCUACCUAUGACCAGGGAUGUGACAAAGAGGACUGUGAUUGUGAGGUCUAUUUCAAUGGACAGUACAUAGUCUCUCCUAAGUGUAAAGCAGUGGCGCCCUCCUGUGGCCAGGUGUUUUCCUGGGAAUUUUAUUCAGCGGGUCUGAGGAGGAGUUUCCGUCUGAGCCGAAAGGACCGGUCAGGAUCCCUCGGAGGAGGGGCCACCUCCGACCCCACCGACCCAGACUUUGCCACCUACGAGGAGGUGACUCGCUACCAGCACCGGCCCAACGAGAGGCCCCGCCUGGUGGUUCUGAUAGGCUCCCUUGGAGCUCGUAUCAAUGAGCUGAAACAGAAGGUGAUAGCAGAGAACCCACAUCGCUAUGCUGUGGCCGUACCACAUACCACUAGGCCCAAGAAGCCUCAUGAGAAAGAGGGGGUGGAGUACCACUUUGUCACCAAACAGGCGUUUGACACAGACGCUCUGAGCAACAAGUUCAUAGAGCAUGGGGAGUACAAGGAGAACCAGUAUGGUACCAGUAUAGAGGCUAUCCGCUCUGUACAGGCCAAGAACAAGAUGUGCCUAGUGGAUGUGCAGCCAGAGGCUCUGAAGACACUGCGGACAUCUGAGUUCAAGCCCUAUGUCAUCUUCGUCAAGCCGCGUGUCCCGGAGAGCAGACGCCGUCGUAGUGCUGCCACCUCACCAGCAGGGGGAGAUCAUGGGCGAGUGACGGAUGAGGACCUGCUGGAAAUGCGUCAGUCAGCCCAGCAGAUGGACCAGCAGUACGGCCACCUGGUCGACCGGGUCCUAAUCAAGGAGGACUCAGCCAGCGCCUGCACAGAACUCCGAGGCAUUCUGGAGCGGCUGGAGCGUGAGACCUUCUGGGUGCCCCUCUGCUGGGUGCGGACCUAACCCCCCUCUCCCCAACCACCACCCUCCAGAGGGGGGAUCACAGCCCCCCAGCCCUUCCUCCAGCAGGACCCCUACCCUACCCCAUCCCUUUUCUGAUCACAUGGACCCCUUGGCUCCAUGGGCCAGCCUGUAGGGUGUGGAAGAUACUGCCCCGAUAUCUGAUGCUAGGCCAGCCACACACUGGCACUAGGGGAGAAGGGCAUGCGGCAAAACCCUUUGGAACAUUUCCAACAAUCCAUUGUUCAAAUUCAUGUUUUUCAUAUAUUUAUUCAAGUCGUUUUUUUUUAUUUAUGUCAGUCAGUCAGACAGACAGACAGACAAACAUACAGACAUCUUUAUUGUGGAUCCAUGUGGAAUGCCAUCUGUAGCUUCCUUUGGCCCGCAGUGUCUAGUACUUGAGGUGCCCCUUAAUAUAAUAAUAUAUGUCAUUUAACACGCGCUUUUAUCCAAAGCGACUUAGUCAAAAAACUCGUACAGGAGUCCUACAGGAAAUCCUACACAAUUACUUCACAAAGACAACAUGACUGUUUUGUAAGGUUUCCUCACCUAUUUCCGUUGCUCGUUGAUACAAUGCAUUCUGAGUGAGGCCUAGCCAUUGUUAUGUUGUUGAAAUGUUAUCCAAAAGCCAAUCCACCUGCUUCCAUUAUACCUGGAGAAUGAGUAGAAAUGCAUACAUAGUACUAUUAACCAACACACUCUGUCAAUAGUACAGUAGGAUAGAUGUAAUGAUACAAAAAUAAAUAUAUUAUUUUAUAAUGCUUUAUUUUAUCAAUUAUUUUAUGAUUUGGACGCGUUUUAAGGACGCGUACAACUUAAUUAUUUAAAUCGCAGAUGUAAAUAUUCUACAUGCAAAUCCUACCGUGCCAACGAACGAUCUCGUAGCACUUCAAUGCAACCUGUUGAACUUUGACCCUAAGUGUCUAAUCCUCAGUGUGAAUUACUUCAGUUCUGGGACUCUGGAUGUGUGGAUGUCAUGUACACAUACACACAAGUGCACUAAAACAUGCUAUGCUCCUUUUUGUGUACAUAGGAAUGCACUUUGUAUAGCUGACAUCAGUCACGUUUAAGACGCAGGUGCAGUGUGGGUAAUAGGGUUUUGAGGAGGGGGGUGUUCUAUGGUCCAUCUUGAUAAUCAGGGUCCUUGUUAAAUUGUUCUUUGUGAGUUUUUAUCUACAGGCGAGGACACUGGGAUUAGCGGGAUAUGGACACCUCCAAGUGUGACUGUGGGUUCAAGCCGUCAUUAUAAAUGCACACAGAUGUGACGUGUUUCUUUGACGUCAUCUUGGCGUUUACAGAGACAAUGUUAAAAGCCAUUUCAAGGUUACAAGGUAAUACACAAGAAAAACCAAUGACUCACGCUAGUCAAACUGUUACUUGACUAGAGCAAUCAGAAACGUUUGAAACUCCACCUGUUCUGUCUGUAUAUUGGCUCUGUCGUUCUGACCUACUGGUGAUCUUUUACUAGAGGCAUCAAAGCUCUGUAUUCUCUCUCUCUUUGUGUGUGGGUGUGGGUAUGGACUUCAAGUCUUGUUUCAUUGUGGAGAACUGAUAAACUAAUCAACGGGAGCUUCCAGAUCCUCCUUUCUCAUCCUGUUCUCUUUUUAACAUGCAAUGUGUUCUUGAUCUUUUACUGUGCUAUGUAAACCAAGAAAUCCAGAAUGUUGACUUUGUAACGUGACAUGUAUAAAGUGCCAUUGUAAAACCA